CGUGAGGCUGGUUACGCCGAGGGAAGCCCCGACUCCGUAGUCGCUGCACAGAGUCUGUCUCUUCGCCGGUUCCCGGCCCCGUGGAUCCUACUUCUCUGUCGCCCGCGGUUCGCCGCCCCGCUCGCCGCCGCGAUGCCAGUGUUUCAUACGCGCACGAUCGAGAGCAUCCUGGAGCCGGUGGCACAGCAGAUCUCCCACCUGGUGAUAAUGCACGAGGAGGGCGAGGUGGACGGCAAAGCCAUUCCUGACCUCACCGCGCCCGUGGCCGCCGUGCAGGCGGCCGUCAGCAACCUCGUCCGGGUUGGAAAAGAGACUGUUCAAACCACUGAGGAUCAGAUUUUGAAGAGAGAUAUGCCACCAGCAUUUAUUAAGGUUGAGAAUGCUUGCACCAAGCUUGUCCAGGCAGCUCAGAUGCUUCAGUCAGACCCUUACUCAGUGCCUGCUCGAGAUUAUCUAAUUGAUGGGUCAAGGGGCAUCCUCUCUGGAACAUCAGACCUGCUCCUUACCUUCGAUGAGGCUGAGGUCCGUAAAAUUAUUAGAGUUUGCAAAGGAAUUUUGGAAUAUCUUACAGUGGCAGAGGUGGUGGAGACUAUGGAAGAUUUGGUCACUUACACAAAGAAUCUUGGGCCAGGAAUGACUAAGAUGGCCAAGAUGAUUGACGAGAGACAGCAGGAGCUGACUCACCAGGAGCACCGAGUGAUGUUGGUGAACUCGAUGAACACCGUGAAAGAGUUGCUGCCAGUUCUCAUUUCAGCUAUGAAGAUUUUUGUAACAACUAAAAACUCAAAAAACCAAGGCAUAGAGGAAGCUUUAAAAAAUCGCAAUUUUACUGUAGAAAAAAUGAGUGCUGAAAUUAAUGAGAUAAUUCGUGUGUUACAACUCACCUCUUGGGAUGAAGAUGCCUGGGCCAGCAAGGACACUGAAGCCAUGAAGAGAGCAUUGGCCUCCAUAGACUCCAAACUAAACCAGGCCAAAGGUUGGCUCCGUGACCCUAGUGCCUCCCCAGGGGAUGCUGGUGAGCAGGCCAUCAGACAGAUCUUAGAUGAAGCUGGAAAAGUUGGUGAACUCUGUGCAGGCAAAGAACGCAGGGAGAUUCUGGGAACUUGCAAAAUGCUAGGGCAGAUGACUGAUCAAGUGGCUGACCUCCGUGCCAGAGGACAAGGAUCCUCACCGGUGGCCAUGCAGAAAGCUCAGCAGGUAUCUCAGGGUCUGGAUGUGCUCACAGCAAAAGUGGAAAAUGCAGCUCGCAAGCUGGAAGCCAUGACCAACUCAAAGCAGAGCAUUGCAAAGAAGAUUGAUGCUGCUCAGAACUGGCUUGCAGAUCCAAAUGGUGGACCGGAAGGAGAAGAGCAGAUUCGAGGUGCUUUGGCUGAAGCUCGGAAAAUAGCAGAAUUAUGUGAUGAUCCUAAAGAAAGAGAUGACAUUCUACGUUCCCUUGGGGAAAUAUCUGCUCUGACUUCUAAAUUAGCAGAUCUACGAAGACAGGGGAAAGGAGAUUCUCCAGAGGCUCGAGCCUUGGCCAAACAGGUGGCCACGGCCCUUCAGAACCUGCAGACCAAAACCAACCGGGCUGUGGCCAACAGCAGACCCGCCAAAGCAGCUGUACACCUUGAGGGCAAGAUUGAGCAAGCACAGCGGUGGAUUGAUAAUCCCACAGUGGAUGACCGUGGAGUCGGUCAGGCUGCCAUCCGGGGGCUUGUGGCCGAAGGGCAUCGCCUGGCUAAUGUUAUGAUGGGGCCUUAUCGGCAAGAUCUUCUCGCCAAGUGUGACCGAGUGGACCAGCUGACAGCCCAGCUGGCUGACCUGGCUGCCAGAGGCGAAGGGGAGAGUCCUCAGGCGCGAGCACUUGCAUCUCAGCUCCAAGACUCCUUAAAGGAUCUAAAAGCUCGGAUGCAGGAGGCCAUGACUCAGGAAGUGUCAGAUGUUUUCAGCGAUACCACAACUCCCAUCAAGCUGUUGGCAGUGGCAGCCACAGCGCCUCCUGAUGCGCCUAACAGGGAAGAGGUAUUUGAUGAGAGGGCAGCUAACUUUGAAAACCAUUCAGGAAAGCUUGGUGCUACAGCCGAGAAGGCGGCUGCAGUUGGUACUGCUAAUAAAUCAACAGUGGAAGGCAUUCAGGCCUCAGUGAAGACGGCCCGAGAACUCACACCCCAGGUGGUCUCGGCUGCUCGUAUCUUACUUAGGAACCCUGGAAAUCAAGCUGCUUAUGAACAUUUUGAGACCAUGAAGAACCAGUGGAUCGAUAAUGUUGAAAAAAUGACAGGACUGGUGGACGAAGCCAUUGAUACCAAAUCUCUGUUGGAUGCUUCAGAAGAAGCAAUUAAAAAAGACCUGGACAAGUGCAAGGUAGCUAUGGCCAACAUUCAGCCUCAGAUGCUGGUUGCUGGGGCAACCAGCAUUGCUCGUCGGGCCAACCGGAUCCUGCUGGUGGCUAAGAGGGAGGUGGAGAAUUCCGAGGAUCCCAAGUUCCGUGAGGCUGUGAAAGCUGCCUCUGAUGAAUUGAGCAAAACCAUCUCCCCGAUGGUGAUGGAUGCAAAAGCUGUGGCUGGAAACAUUUCCCACCCUGGACUGCAAAAGAGCUUCCUGGACUCAGGAUAUCGGAUCCUGGGAGCUGUGGCCAAGGUCAGAGAAGCCUUCCAACCUCAGGAGCCUGACUUCCCGCCGCCUCCACCCGACCUUGAACAACUCCGACUAACAGAUGAGCUUGCUCCUCCCAAACCACCUCUGCCUGAAGGUGAGGUCCCUCCACCUAGGCCUCCACCACCAGAGGAAAAGGAUGAAGAGUUCCCUGAGCAGAAGGCUGGGGAGGUGAUUAACCAGCCAAUGAUGAUGGCUGCCAGACAGCUCCAUGAUGAAGCUCGCAAAUGGUCCAGCAAGCCGGGCAUCCCAGCCGCUGAGGUGGGUAUAGGUGUUGUAGCUGAGGCAGAUGCGGCCGAUGCUGCUGGGUUCCCUGUCCCCCCUGACAUGGAAGACGAUUACGAACCUGAGCUGCUGUUAAUGCCAUCCAAUCAGCCGGUCAACCAGCCCAUUCUGGCCGCGGCUCAGUCCUUGCAUCGGGAAGCUACCAAGUGGUCUAGUAAGGGCAAUGACAUCAUUGCAGCAGCCAAGCGCAUGGCUCUGCUGAUGGCUGAGAUGUCUCGGCUGGUAAGAGGGGGCAGUGGUACCAAGCGGGCACUCAUUCAGUGUGCCAAGGACAUCGCCAAGGCCUCAGAUGAGGUGACUCGGUUGGCCAAGGAGGUUGCCAAGCAGUGCACAGAUAAACGGAUUAGAACCAAUCUCUUACAGGUAUGUGAGCGAAUCCCAACCAUAAGCACCCAGCUCAAAAUCCUGUCCACAGUGAAGGCCACCAUGCUGGGCCGGACCAACAUCAGUGAUGAGGAGUCUGAGCAGGCCACAGAGAUGCUGGUUCACAACGCCCAGAACCUCAUGCAGUCGGUGAAGGAGACUGUGCGGGAAGCAGAAGCUGCUUCAAUCAAAAUUCGAACAGAUGCUGGAUUUACACUGCGCUGGGUUAGAAAGACUCCCUGGUACCAGUAGGCACCUGGCUGAGCCUGGCUGGCACAGAAACCUCUACUAAAAAGAAGGAAAAUGAUCUGAGUCCCAGGAGCUGCCCAGAGUUGCUGGGAGCUGAAAAUCACAUCCUGGCCUGACACAUCAGAAAGGAAUGGGGGCCUCUUCAAAUUAGAAAACAUUUAUACUCUUUUUUCAUGGACACUUUGAAAUGUGUUUCUGUAUAAAGCCUGUAUUCUCAAACACAGUUACACUUGUGCACCCUCUAUCCCAAUAGGCAGACUGGGUUUCUAGCCCAUGGACUUCACAUAAGCUCAGAAUCCAAGUGAACACUAGCCAGACACCGUGCGCUGCCCUUGUUCCCUAGGGGACACUUCCCUCUGUUUCUCUUUCCUUGGCUCCCAUUCACUCUUCCAGACUCCCAAGACCCAGGGCCCAGGCAAGUCAGUCAGUUACUAAGAAGAAAAUUGCUGUGCCUCCAAAAAUUGUUUUGAGCUUUCCAUGUUGCUGCCAACCAUGCCUUCCUUCCCUGGGCUGUGCUACCUGGGUCCUUUUCAGAAGUGAGCUUCGCUGCUACAGGGGAAGGUGGCCUCUGUGGAGCCCCAGCAUAUCGGGCCUGGAUUCAUUUCCUGCCCUUCCUCAGUUUAAUCCUUCUAGUUUCCCACAAUAUAAAACUGUAUUUCACUGUCAGGAAGAAAUCACAGAAUCAUAUGAUUCUGCUUUUACCAUGCCCCUGAGCAACGUCUGUGUUAGGGAAACUUCCCGUCCCAUAUCCUGCCUCAGCCCGCCAAGGUAGCCAUCCCAUGAACACACUGUGUCCUGGUGCUCUCUGCCACUGGAAGGGCAGGGUAGCCAGGGUGUGGCCCUGUCGUCUUCCCAGCAGGACCACUCCCGGCACUCCAUGCUUAGUCACUGCCUGCAGAGGUCUGUGCUGAGGCCUUAUCAUUCAUUCUUAGCUCUUAAUUGUUCAUUUUGAGCUGAAAUGCUGCAUUUUAAUUUUAACCAAAACAUGUCUCCUAUCCUGGUUUUUGUAGCCUUCCUCCACACCCUUUCUAAACAAGAUUUUAAAGCUGUGUAGGUGUUUGUUCAUCUGUAACUCUAAAAGAUCUGUUUUAUCCUUUUAAAAUUCAGUCCUAAGAAUGAGUGCUUGUCCCCUAAGACUGUUUAAUGGCAAGGCAGCCCUGUCUGAAGGACACUUCCUGCCUAAGGGAGAGUGGUAUUUGCAGACUAGAAUUCUAGUGCUGCUGAAGAUGAAUCAAUGGGAAAUACUACUCCUGUAAUUCCUACCUCCCUGCAACCAACUACAACCAAGCUCUCUGCAUCUAUUCCCAAGUAUGGGGUUCAAGAAAGUAAUGGGUUUCAUAUUUCUUAUCACCACAAUAAGUUCCUACUAGGCAAAAUGAGAAGCCAGUGUUUCCUUUUUGGUACUUAUUACUGCUAAGUAUUUCCCAGCACAUGAAACCUUAUUUUUUCCCAAAGCCAGAACCAGAUGAGUAAAGGAGUAAGAACCCUUGCCUGAACAUCCUUCCUUCCCACCCAUCGCUGUGUGUUAGUUCCCAACAUCGAAUGUGUAAAACUUCAGUUGGUCCUGUACACUCAGGCUUUCACUAUUUCCUUUAAAAUGAGGAUGAUUAUUUUCAAGGCCCUCAGCAUAUUUGUAUAGUUGCUUGCCUGAUAUAAAUGCAAUAUUAAUGCCUUUAAAGUAUGAAUCUAUGCCAAAGAUCACUUGUUCUUUUACUAAAGAUUACUUAGAGGAAAUAAGAAAAAUCAUGUUUGCACCGGUUCUUCCAGUGGUUUGAGACACUGGUUUACACUUUAUGCCGGAUGUGCUUUUCUCCAAUAUCAGUGCUCAAGACAGUGAAGCAAAUUAAAAAAAAAAAAAAAAAAAAAUCCC